AGCACUUAAGUAAACUUCAACUAAUUUUAAUGAGUGACUUGUGUUAGAAAUAGGCAAGGAUUAAAAUAAUUUCUCGGUAGCCCUCCUGUUCUUAGCAUCUAUUAGAGUUAAGGCAUUGCCAUCUCCGAGCCAUGCGCACUUCUGAAAGUUUUGUUGUAACCUUGCUGACACGCAAGUCGUUUACUGAGAGGCGCUGUCCAGGGCUGAUCUGAAGCAGUGCUGAUUACUAGCAUGGCCGUGUAUUUGCAUGGUUUCUGUUCAGAGGGCUGUUUGCAUGAAAAAGCCAUUGGCUUUUUUGGUGCGUUGUUGACCCACGCUACGCAUGCGAUUGGGGGUUUGGAGUUUUCAGGCCACGUAAGACCUUUACCUGAGUCUGUGUGAAGAGUGCGGGGGGGCUUCUGUGUGGGGAAUCUUGUAAAUUACCGGCCCUAUGAAAGUUGACGGUGCCCCAUAACUCUCCCAUAGCCAUGCGCGACACCAUUGUAUUUUUUUUACUCUUCGGAGCAACGUGCCUUUACCAGACAGCGUGUUCCGCUUCUUCGGUUUGGAGUUGGGAACAUAGUCUGCGUCUAUUUCUAUUUUCUUUGGCUGGAAAACGAUCAAUGAUACAUCCGACUCACACUUGCUUCAAAUAGUUCAUAACAUGGCCACUCAAAUGGUCAACCAGGCUACAGGCAACAGCUUGUUUUGUACCAGCACCUACUCCAGUAUUUCACUGGACAAUGACAUGUAUGGGUUGCAUGACCUUUCAAAAGCUGAUAUGGCAGCCCCUCGAUUGAUAAUGCUAGCAAAUGUGGCCCUGACUGGUGAACUCAAUAGUGGUGGAUGUGAUUACACACUGGAAGGAGAGAGACAAAUGGCAGAAUUGACAACUGUAAAUGACAACAGCUUUUCCGAUAGUGAAGGGGAUAGGUUGGAAGAUUCACCCACCAUGGAUAUUCAGUCACGUAAUUUCACGAUGGACAUAGAGCCAGCUGAAUGUUCAAAAGAAGGAACAUCGGAAAAUGAUGGAACUCUACUAUCUAAUACACUUGAGGAGGAGGUUCAAAAGGACAAAAAGGCCCAGGCCCCCAGCACAACAGAUGACAAAAUCAAAUGUGUGAAAAGCAAACCAUUUCGGUGCAAACCAUGUCAGUACAAAGCAGAGUCUGAAGAAGAAUUUGUUCAUCACAUUAAAAUUCACAGUGCUAAGAUAUAUGUUGAUAAUGACUCAAAAAAAAACCCACAGGGUAAAGAGGCAGAUUCUAGCAUACCAGAGGAAUCCGAUAUCUCCAAAGGACCUAUUCAGUGUGACAGGUGUGGAUACAAUACAAAUCGCUUUGAUCACUAUCUGGCUCAUUUAAAGCAUCACAACAAAGCUGGAGAAAAUGAGAGAGUAUACAAGUGUACAAUAUGUACUUAUAGUACAGUCAGUGAAUAUCACUGGAAGAAACAUCUACGUAACCAUUAUCCAAGGAUACUUUAUACAUGCUCACAAUGUUCGUAUUUUUCUGAUAGGAAAAAUAAUUAUAUCCAGCAUAUAAGAACACAUACAGGAGAACGACCAUAUCAGUGUAUUAUAUGUCUUUACUCAAGCUCACAGAAAACCCACUUGACAAGACACAUGAGAACUCAUUCAGGUGAGAAGCCUUUCAAAUGUGAGCAGUGUAGUUACGUUGCAUCUAAUCAACAUGAAGUUACACGUCAUGCAAGACAGGUUCACAAUGGACCAAAACCAUUAACUUGCCCUCAUUGUGACUACAAGACUGCAGAUCGCAGUAAUUUCAAGAAGCAUGUAGAAUUACAUGUGAAUCCACGCCAGUUUCUAUGCCCUGUGUGUGACUAUGCUGCUUCCAAAAAGUGUAACUUGCAAUAUCAUAUAAAAUCCAGACACUCAGGAUGCACAAAUAUCACAAUGGAUGUUUCCAAAGUAAAACUGAGGACAAAGAAAGGAGAAGUAGGAGAUGAAGAUGCUGAUACAAAUAAGCCAAUGGAGAAUGGAAAUAUAAUAAAUAGAUCUGUGGGAAAGAAAUUGGAAGAGACCGUUAAAGCAGAGAAAAGGGAAAGCUGUGUGAAGGCCAAAAAACGUAUUGUUGGUAUGGUUGAUGGCCAGGUUGCAAAAAAAAGUCGCUUGUCAUCUACUCAGAAAAAAAUUAAAGCUUCUGAGGUCAGGCCUGAGAAGAUUGUUGACAAAUCCCGUAAGUCUAGUUUUGUGAAAAGAAAAACUGAUGUAUUGGAAAAUCCCAAUGAUACCCAAACAAGCACUUUAAAAAAAAAGAAAUUAAAAAACUCGCGCAUAGUAAAUACAAGUGAGAUAAAGUAUGAUAUAACCAAAAAGCUCACAGGUUCAGUGAACAAAAAGGAAAACUCGUUUGUAAAAAAUAUGCACAAAAAAAAGACUGGAGCACAAAGUAGUAAUGGUAAGAAAAAUAUGCCAAAUAAAAUUACAGAACAAAAAGAGAAGGGAAAGCAGUUGGAUUCUAAAACUUCUGUAGCAUCAGACAUUACUGAGGAACAGACGAUUGUUGGAAAAGUUGCUAAUGAAAAUUACUCUGAACAGGUUGCAGCUUCUGAGGUUGCAAGCAGUAAUGUUAAUUCUGAUUCCACCGAAUCUUGUUGUUUACUAAAUGAUGUCAUGCAGACUGAUCUAUCAAUUAACACUACUUUGGAAACGGAGGUAUCCACAGACCAUGACACUAAAUCUGAACAUGUGAGUAAAGCCGUAAUGGCACUUGUGAUGCAAAGAGAUACACAAAUGGACCUCUCCAUGCUGGUAGACUUGAAAGCCAAUUUUUCCAAGCAGGAGAAAACACAGGAUAACUUAUUGAUGGACAUAGAGACAAUCUCAUCUGACUUGUUAUUGCAGAGGGAGGAACCAAAUCAAGUCUUGUAUCAAAAUGGCAUUCCAAAUAAAUUGUUGCGUGAGAAGGGCGGUGCAAUUGCUGACUUGCCAGUUGAUGGUGCUAAAACAACUGUUAAUCUGCAGAUAGGCAAAGCAAAUUUCUGCUUUCAGAACGACUGCUGCCAGCCAGAUAACCUUCUAGUGGAUGGCUGCAAGCCAAUGGAAUUGUGUGAGCCAUCUGCUGACCUGCUCAUGGACCAUGGUCACCCGAGUUCUGACCAUCUGGUUGGCAGGGGCAGACCACCGUAUGACCAUCUGAUCAACUGUGGUAAGUCAUCCUGCGAUCCAUGUGUGCUAACCUGGGAUGGGGAAGAGCCUACAUGCAACAAACUGGUGGAGGUAGACGAGCCUACUAGCAACAAACUGGUAUAUAGUAACAAGUCAAUCUGCAUCCAGCUAGUGGGCGGGGCCGAGCCAACCAAAGUCCAGCCGGCCAGGGACGAGCCAACCAGCGUCCAGCCAGCGGCGGCCGGGGACGAGCCAACCAGCGUCCAGCCAGUGGUGCCUGGGGACGAGCCAACCAGCGUCCAGCCAGUGGUGCCUGGGGACGAGCCAACCAGCGUCCAGCUGGUGGUGACCCGGGACAAGCCAACCAGCAUCCAGACGGUGACAGUCAGGGACGAGCCAUCCAUCAUCAAGACAGUGGUGGCCGGGGACGAGCCAUCCAUCGUCCAGACGGUGGAGGACGAGCCAUCCAUCGCCCAGACGGUGGAGGACGAGCAAUCCAUCGUCCAGACGGUGGCGGCCAAGGACGAGCCAUCCAUCGCCCAGACGGCGGCCGAGGACGAGCCAUCCAUCGUCCAGACGGUGGCGGCCAUGGACGAGCCAGCCAUCGUCCAGACGGUGGCGGCCGGGGACGAGCCAACCAGCGUCCAGACGGUGGCGGCCAGGGACGAGCCAACCAGCGUCCAACCAUUGAGCAGGGAAGAUCCAAAAAGUGUCCAGCCCAUUGGUGAGGAUCAGCCAACCAGUGUCCAACCACCUGGCGGGGAUGAGCAAACAAAUCUGUUGAUUAAUAGUAAAACUGCAUACCUGCCAGUGUGUACAAAAGAGGCAAUAGGCCUGUCGGUGGCUAGGCAAGAUGAAACUGAGUUGCUGGUAAGGAGAGAAAACCGAUCUGUCUUGUCAACUGUAUGGGAUGAGCCCACUGAUCUGUCAUUUGAGAGAAAUGUGCAGUCCAUGAAUAUUCCCAUUGACCUGUCAACAACUAACCAAAAUCCCAUAUGCAUGUCAAAAGGCAUGGGGUGUCCUCUACAUCUACCAGUUGAGUGGAGUGAGCCCUUUAAUCUGUCAAUGGACAUGGACUGGCACAAGCCUGCCAAUCUUUCCCUUGUCGAGCCUUCAGACCUCUCUGUAAGGAAGGGUGACUCAGCUGACCUGUCGUUGAAUAACAAAAAGAAGGGUGACCCAGCUGACCUGUCGUUGAAUAACAAAAAGCCUGCUGAUCUGUCAGUUGUGUGGGGAGAGCCUGUUGAUCUGUCAUUAGGCAGGAGUGAGCCUGCAGACUUAUCAGUAGGAAUGAAUCAACCUGCUGAACUAAAAAUGGGCAUACCUGACACUAUUGGCUUGUUAGUAGAAGGCAGGCAACUCUCUGUUUUGACCAUGGGGAGGGGUGUUGAGUCUUUUGAUCUGUUGAUGGGAAGGGUAGAUCCUAUUGACCUUUCAGUGGAGAGGUGUGAGCCUAUUGAUCUCUCAGUGGAGAAGGGUAUGCCCAGGAACUUGGAGAUUAGUGAAGGUAAACAUUUUGGAAAACUAGACAAUUGUUAUAACCUGAACUGUGCAGCGGUUCAAAUAAAAGACCAAGCAAAAUGUAACAUAAUUCCUGAAAAUACCUCGCAGUCCAAUACCAAAUUAUCUGUUGAAAUAGCUGAGCCUCAUAACCAUCUACAAAGCAUGUGUGUUCCUUCCGAAUUGCAUGGAAACCUAGACACAACUGUUCAACAAAGCAAGCACAAUGAAUGUAACAAUGGGACUAAAGAGGUUGGAACUUCUCAGUUGCCAUGUGCUGUCUCCAGGAGUGUGUCUAUUGAUGAAGAUGAAGGAAUUCAUAGUCAUGAUGGGAGUGAUAUAAGUGACAAUGUUUCAGAAAUGAGUUAUGACUCUGGGUUAAAUGGUGUGCCAUCUGUACAAAAAACACUAUCUUCUGAACCAAAAGUAGUAAUCAAUUCUUCUGAAACUAAGGAAAGUUUUGUGUGUAUUUUCUGUGACCGUACCUUCAGAAAAGAGGAGGAAUAUACCAAACACCUGAGACGUCAUUUGGUUAAUGUAUACUAUCUUAAAAAAGCAGCAAAAGACAUAGAUAAUUAAAAACAAAAAGUGAACAUUGUUUCAAGCAAAAUCUUGCUGUAUGUGGUUUUAACACCAACAUUUUUUUAAUGCUUAAUUCCCGCCCAAAACAGCUAUAAUAAUAGGUAAGGCUUACUUCCCUCUUGGCUUUUUUCAGAUCUUCAGCUUGAAUUUGACUUUCAAAGUGCCCCAUAGGACAAAGGGGAAAAGGUGAAUUCCUCUGUGCUGAACCAGUCAGCUUUGCACAGAUCACCUAAAGCACCUAAGCUUUUUUCACCGUCUGCAGCUUAAAUAUAUGAUCACAUUAUUAUUCCCAAAGCUGUCCAAAGGAAUAUAAAUAUAAAUCUAAGCUGCAGACCGUGAAGAAAGCUUAGGUGAUUUAGGUGAUCCAUAUGAAGCUGACUUCUGGUUCAGUGCACAAAGGAAUUCAAGCUGCCGUCGCAUUUAUCCUGUGGGGCAUUUUGCAUGUCAAAUUCAAGCUUAAGAUUUGAAGAAAGCCUAACCUAUCAUUAUAGCUAUUUUUUUUGGGGGGGGGGUAAGUAUUAAAAAAAAAUUGGUGUUACUUGUCCUUUAAAUGUUCUCGACAAAUUACAUUUUAUGCAUUUCCCCUGUAUGUUUAAUUCAUAGUAAUUUGUUUCACGACAACCAUUUGAGACAGCAUUUUGUUCUUAGUUGCAUUUCAAAAAGGCACAUGAGUGCAGAAACUGUACUGCUUUUCUAAAUGUUUUGUAAAAAGAAACCAUUUUCAUUAAGUUCUUUUUCAAAAUGUGAGCACUUUGGUGAGCAGAAAACAGUUGUUUUUAUUAGCUGACAGGUCACAUUUUUCAUUUUAAGAAGACUUUAUUACCAAAAUGUUGCUAAAGCCCCUUGAUUUUUCUUAAAAACUUUUACAUAGGACUUCCAUGGUUACAUGGAAUACAGUAUUGCACAGUUAAAUUUUAUUUUAACCUAUGCGGUUAAAUAUUGUAUAGAAUUUCUUUAGCCUGAUGUUGGCCAGCCCGAUAUAACAGUGCACUGGUUUCAACAAAAGCAAAAUGUGUGAAUUAUUUUAGUUGUGUAUGAGAUUUUUAAUGUAUAUAUUAAAAACCCUAAUGUUUGUGCCAAACAAAUAUAUUCAUUUGGAAACCUUGUAGGUUUCAGUUUCAAAACUUGGCACAUUCGGUGUGGGCAUGAAUAGUGAUUUCAGAGUUUUUUGCCAUUUAGUGUGCACUAAUGUCUUGUCUGCUUCAAAGAGAAGCAGAAUAAGAGAGUUUGCACUGUGCUGCUUAGUGAUACAUUGACUGUAUUGAAGAGUAAGACAAAGAAAAUGACUUUAGCCUCAUGUCAGAUUUCAAAAUUGAAUAUAAAAAAAAAAUUUGUUUGCUCUUUUGAGAAAUGGAUUUCAGUGCAGAAUUCUGCUGGAGUAGCACUAUUAACUGAUGCGUUUUGAAAAAAGCAUGUUUUCCUAUGACAGGAUUCCUUUAAAUAUAAACCUAGUAAAAUUGUAUUAAACCUUU